CGCAAAUGAAGAUGGGUAGUUUGUGCGCAAAGCCGUGUGGAGUCUCUGAUUUUUUUUUUUACAAAAGUUGGAGCAGGUGUACGUGCAUCGGGGCGAGAGCAGCUACGCAGAUGUGGUGGACUGUUGAGACGAGCGAGAAAGCCCAGUGCAUCGAAUUGAGAAACGAGAUGGUGAUGCUGACCUGGGCCUGAUGGACGAAGCAGGGGGGUGUGGGUGUGUCUAGUCCUUAUAUUAAAAUUAAAGGGGGAGUAGGUGGUGGCGUUCAGAAGCUUUCAGAAUGAAGAUUGUCAAUUGCAAGCAGGAAUUGCAGUUGCAGCGUCAAUGACGGCGAUGCAUGUAUUCAGUUUGUUGUGAUAUAUACAUGCUGGUGACUUUUCGGCGACGUGUGUAUGUGUAAUUAAGCACCGGCAGAUGUGCGGAAUGUCAUCGUGAUAGAUAAUGACAGUGAUGGGGAUUAACAACGGAGAGCUGGAUACCGAGAAGGGGAGGUUCGAUGACCAGGAAUUGCAUUAUCGAAAAGAAGGGAUUAUUGAUUGUGUAAAAGCGCGGGGGGGAUGGUUGCUCUUUUUCUUUGUUGGGCUUAUGAUGGCGGCGGGGGUCAUAGAGACGUUUGAGGAAGUCUUGAAGAAAGAAGUCGAACUCAGUUAUUUUGUACCUCUCCUGAUUGGACAUGGUGGGAACACAGGUUCCCAGUCUGUGGCCACUGUAAUACGGGCGUUGGCACUAGGUCAGGUGUCACCUGCAGACCUCCCGUAUGUACUCAGGAAGGAAGCGCUCACAGGAUGCAGUAUCGGGGGUAUUCUGGGAUUGAUAAUCCUUGUGGUUGCGUAUCUUUAUCAAGGCAUUUCAACAAGGGACUAUACAGCCGCACUCACUCAGGUCAACGAACAGCAAGAGGCUGCCCCAGCCGAAAGACUACGGCUAGCAGAGGAAGCUGCAGCACAAACCCGGCGUCAAGCCGAGGCAGACCGAUUGGCGAUCGAUCAGCUCAACGCCGGCAGUGCUGAUCUUGUAAGUGCUAACCAAGCACAAUGGACAGCGGUGCUCGACGGGAUGCGUUAUGUCCCGGCACCUGGCAGCGAGCCGACAACAGUACAGCAAGAGAGGCACGACCUGGCAGAUAUUCUACUCCAUACAAUGCGCGCCGUCAUUUGGAACAGCUCCAUGGGGGAGCUGCAUUCCCGGUCCACACUGCAGCUGCAGCACGAUCUGAGCCACAACGUGAAGAUACUUGCAGCAGCUGUCAAGGUCGCGGACAACCAGUUGAAACAGCUGGAUGCACGCAUUGCUACUUUGGAGGCAAGGCCUCCCCAAGCAGCGCCAGGCUGCACGCCAGAUAUGACAGACACAACGAAGCAGCUCAAUGGGCGCAUCGAUCAUGUCGUCAAUCUCAUCGGCGACAUAGGUGUUUUCAAUGGGCCGGACACGACCAGUAGCACGGUGGCCGCCAUCAAGGCGGACAUCACCAAGCUGCAGACGAAACUAGACGCCGCCACGAAGAGUUACAAGAUGCCGCACUUCGACAUCAGCAAGUUCGACGACCACAACAAGACGGGCGCUUUGGCAUGGUGGCAACGUUUCCUCACGGAAGCAUCCUGCCGCACUGUCCCGGACGACUAUCUGAUGAAGGCGUUAUACUUACAGCUGAUUGGAGGAGCGCAGGCAUGRAKGAACCAUCUGGCGGCUACCCAYACAUGCACCAUCGCCGAACUUCACACGCACAUCACGUGGAAGGAGUUCGAGCAGCUAUGGUUCACCCGGUUCAUGGUCCGCAACGUCGUGAAGGCGGCCAUGAACGAGGUCGUCCUCAUCUACCUUGAUGACAUCUUGGUUUACAGUAGGACGUUGGACGAGCACAUCGUACACCUUCACGUUGUUCUGGAUCGUUUGCGACUAGCCAAGUACAAAGCGAAUCUCGACAAGUGCGAAUUCGCCAAGCAAGAGCUUGAGUACUUGGGUCAUUUUGUCACGCCGAAAGGCAUUCGUCCCUUAGCGGACAAGAUCCAAGCCAUCGUGGAUUGGGCGGAACCCCGUUGCACGACGGAUGUACGCUCUUUCAUGGGUUUGGCUGGAUAUUAUCAGCGAUUCGUCGAGUCAUACUCGAAAGUGGCCRCUCCUUUGUCGAGACUUCAGUCCCCGAAGGUGCCCUUCGAGUUCGACGACGCAGCCUGUGGUGCGUUCACUACGUUGAAGGCAGCGAUGCAAGCCGCACCUACCCUCCGUAUAUAUGACCCCACCCUACCCACCCAAGUGACUACCGACGCUUCGGGAUACGGUAUUGGUGCGGUGUUGGAACAGUGUCACGAGGACGGUUGGCAUCCGGUCGAGUACUUCUCCCAAAAGGUGCCUCUCGUAAACACUCUCGACGACGCUAGGAAGAAAGAGCUACUCGAGUUCGUCACCGUUCUCAAACGGUGGCGCCACUUUCUUCUCGGUCGUCGGCGUUUUAAAUGGAAUACGGACAACAAUCCGUUGACCUUUUACAAAACGCAGGAUACGGUCACUAGCACGAUCGGUCGAUGGAUGUAUUACGUCGACCAGUUCGACUUUGACCCGUGCCACAUUCCUGGUCCCGCCAAUCGAGCUGCGGAUGCCCUAUCACGACGGCCCGACUUUUCUGCCAUUGUGACCACGGCAUUCGACCUCGAUGACGAUCUGCAGCCGCAUUUCGUCAAAGGCUACAAGUCCGAUCCGACUUACUCUAUGCUUUACGCGGAGCUUUCAUCGGAUCACCCGCCGGCUAGCCACUAUCGGAUUUCCGACGGGUUCCUUCUCCUUCACACGAGAGGAAAGGACUUGUUAGUUGUGCCCCAAGAUCGCAUCUUACGGACUCGUCUUCUCGGCGAAUUCCACGACGCACGACUUUCGGCACACCUUGGCGUGAACCGCACACUAGCACGCCUCCGCCAGCGUUUUCACUGGCCCGACGUCCUUCAUGAUGUCAGGAGGUACAUUGAGUCAUGUGCAGUUUGCCACCGUAACAAGGGUCGAUCUCGAGUCGCCUUCGGCGAAUUGAAACCGUUGCCGAUUCCUCGGGCACCACGCCUCUCCAUUGCUAUGGACGUGACAGGCCCGUUUCCCCGCGAUCGCCACGGCCGUGACGGUAUUCUCACGGUCGUUGACCGUUUGAGCAAGUAUGCUCGCUGCCUUCCUUGCAAGUAUCAUGCUGCAGCGCCUGAGCUCGCACGACUCUUGCACACCGGUUGGAUUACCAACCARGGUGUUCCGGAAGACAUAGUGAGCAACCGAGAUACUCGCUUCAUGUCGGCCUUUUGGACUUCCCUCAUGGCUGAGUCCGGUACGACAAUGAAGCCGAGCUCGGCUCGGCACCCGCAGACGGAUGGCCAGACGAAGCGAGCGCACCAGACCGCUCAGAUGAUGUUGCGUACGCUCAUCCGUCCCGACCAGAAAGAUUGGGUUGACCGACUUCCCGACAUCGAGUUCGCCUAUAACAUUUCGGUGCACCCGGCGAUCUGCGUCACACCAUUCGAGUUACAUCAUGGUGGAGAGAAAGCACGGAUUUUCGCUGAUCUUCUUUUGCCACAGGAUGUCGACAUAGACGUCCCUUGCUCUCCCGCUUCCGUUCGGAAGUACCGGGACUUGCUGAUCAAAGCUCGCGCAAAUAUGCAAAAGGCUCAGAUCCGCAUGCAGCAGCAGGCUAACCGACGUCGACUUCCAUGUCCUUUCUGCGAGGGAGACCUUGUUUGGGUCCUCUCCGAGGAAUUUGCAGUCGAGCAAAACGUUUCGCGCAACUCCUUCCGAAAUGGUUCGGACCAUGGGAAGUCACUUCUGCCGUUGGAGACGACCCCGCAGGUUGGCAUCACCGUCGCCGUUGCACUGCCGCUGGUAUCGCUGUGGGCAAAUGUGCUAGGGGGCUUGUUUCCGCUUCUAGCUGUCAAGUUUGGGUAUAACGCAGCCGUUGUUAGCACGCCCUUCAUGACGACCAUUGUGGAUUCAACAGGUCUUAUUAUAUACUUCAUUGUUGCGAAGGCACUGAUCAAAAUAUAAGCCAUGCUGCACAUGAUGGCAUGGCCCAUCCCUGUGAUGUCUGUGCAAGGACUCCCAUGGCUUUUCUCUACUUUGUGACGAGAAUGUAUCUGAAGCCAGACAAACAAUCCCCGGCCUCGCUAAAGACUGUUUCUGCACUGUCUGUGUGUGUGUGUGUGUGUGUGUGUGUGUGUGUGUGUGUGUGAGAGAGAGAGAGAGAGAGAGAGAGAGAGAGAGAGAGAGAGAGAGAGAGAGAGAGAGAGAGAGAGAGAGAGAGAGAGAGAUGUGUCAUUCAUCUGUUCUUCAACUUGGAAGUUGAAAAUAGAACUUGCGAAGUGGAGAGAAAUCGGUGCACGGCAAUGUUAUGCUUGGUUCAGCUGCCUUCUUAUGGCAAAGACAGGGGUUUCAAUUUCAUGAUAGCUAUUUUCGAUUAAAGGACUGCAAGGCGAUGACCAUUCCAUAAACCUUAUUGUGGAACGGGUUUGGCACAAAUUAGCUGGUCUGCGGUGUCUACAGCCGCAACUCUAUGCAAUGGCCAGGUGAAAUGUAAGGUUCUGAAUAAGGAGUCAGUCCAAGGAAAGGAGGGAGUACGAGGGAGUGAAGAUUAUGAGUCGCAAGAGAGAGAGAGAGAGAGAGAGAGAGAGCAGUUUGCACACAAGUACCGAUGAGUACGCAAGAUGUGCAUAGCUGGAGGUAUUUCGUUUUUGUUGUGCAAGGUUCGUAUAGAGUUGCGGAUGCGAUGUAAGCUGCAACAGACUUAAGGGUGAGCACGACACGGUGGCGGUGUUGGGCGGUUCUUGUCUUCUUUUGUAGUUGGAUUGUAGAGAUAAGCUAGGAGGAGCAGUGCUCCGUCAACUCAUAACGCGAGUAGGAGGCUCCAAAGAAUGGAAGGGGGAGUAUCCCGUGAAGAGGCCUGUUGGGUAUAUUGAUUCUCUGUGGUGAUUCUCCGAAUGUGGUCGUGUUUAUCAGUGAGGUUCAUUUACCCGUGUCAUUUUACGUGAAGAUGAGUUCAAAACCCCGAUCUCUUUCUUUGUUUGUUACUUAAAAAAUAGCGCCAUGAGUUCGUACUUUAAAAAGAUCGCUCUGUGCAAAGAUCGGAUACGUAGUAGUAGUCUAAUUAACUCCCUUUGUUUGCAAGAGAGUUAUGCUCGUUGUCGGUACUCCCGCUGCCGGUAGUCCAGCAUUCUACUGCCGAUGUCUUCUGUUCGAUGCGGUGCUGAUUCUGCUGAAGCCCCGUGAGAUGCAAAGACCGAGCACGUACCAGUCUAGGUUCCAAGAGAGUUGUGCUCGCGCUGUCGGCGCUUCCGCUGCUGCCGAUGUCUUCUGUUCCAUCCGUUGCUGAAGGAUGCUCGUAGUGAGUCGGCUUGAUAAGAAGUAAGCACUGCAUGAAUAAUGUGAGGUCACUUCGACGACGCUGAAUGUCACAAAAUUCGAAAUGCCUUGUUUUUUUUCUCUCCUCCGAACCGUACGUGCAACGUUCAUUGCAUACGGCUCCCCAAGUAAAUGUUACAAGGCCGCUGCUCAAACGGGGAUUGCGAACUUGCGAGGGCACUGAGGGAGAGAGGUGGUUGGGGGCUGAGAUAGCCAAGAUUGGACCUCCCUGUCAGGCUCACAUGCUUGUGAGCCCUAAUAAUGUAUUCAUAAUCUGGGUUUUGCAGGGUUUGGAUUUUCUUUGUGCUAUUUCAUUCAGGCAGUUCUCUGGGCUUUGUGCUAUUUCAAUCUGGGAGUUUUAGUCGGGCUAUGUCCUGGUAGCCACCAUUCAGGGAGAGAGAGAGAGAGAGAGAGAGAGAGAGAGAGAGAGAUUCUGGAUUGUGUUCAGGUGACAGAGUCUGCGUGGAUGGACACUGAUGAAAACUGCUUCAUAAGUUGGAAAAGGCCUGAGCAAAGUGUAGCACAUCAUAGCGUCUUUAUUUAUUUAUUUAUUUAUUUAUUUACUUAUUUUUCUGGACUGCUUGGGCUGCGGGGCCGGGGAGUC